GACAGACAGCUGUCCACCGCUUACUCUUACUCAGUGCGUGUGUUCACCUUGACCCAGCGUCUUUACUUAAGUAUGUAUAUUACUAUAUAGUUAACUUUAACACAGCUACGCCGUUUUUGAGAGUCAGCGUGUCGAACUUUCCUCGGAGUUCAGGUAAACUACUGACAGCGACACCUUGAGGCAACGGCGGCGAAUUGUCCAGGUUAGCGAGCCGGUGGCUAACUGGUAAGUGUUAGCCGACGCUAGCCAUCCAGCUCAGCUCACUCAGCUCAGGCCGCCCUGCAGACACGUCUACACAGUCCGCUGCUGCUGGGAACGAGACACAUGUCCAGGAGCUGGCAGGAGAAAUGCUCGCUACGAAUGAGGAUUUAACCCGGUUCCCCGCGUACACACACUGAGUAAAUCCUACGGUGGAAUGAGAAGUGAGAGAGUGACGGGGAGGAGAGGAUGAGAAGGAGGCUGUAGACUGCAGAAAGAGGAGAGAUGCAGUAGCUAGCCACAACCACAUCUCCAUGUCUGGAUUUGACCACAGUUUGUCUUGGCUGUGAAGGAUUGCUGUAUGAUUUUAUUCCAUAUUUAUUUGCUUAUCGGUUUGAUCCUCCACAAGGCCUCUUGUUUUUUACCGGCCGGACUAGCUGAGUGCGUGUGAAUUUGGAGGAAGAUUUUUUUUUUUUUUUUUUUUUUUUUUUUUUUUAAAGCAGCACCGGAGAGCGGAGCUGGGGCAUCUGGCCGUCUGGGAGGCAGCGACAGCCGGCUGGCUGCAUUGUGUUGCUUUGAUGACCCCCGCUGUGUAGCUGCCUGCUCAUCAACCUUCCUUCUCUCUCUCUCUCACCCUCCCCUAUAUCUUUCCUCCUUCUCCUCCUCCUCUCUCUCCAUCACAGUUCCCGGCCCAGCCAUGUUCGGCACAGAGUCCUCAUUAAGCAUGUUUCUCAACACUUUGACGCCCAAGUUCUACGUGGCUCUGACCGGCACUUCCUCCCUCAUAUCAGGACUCAUAUUGAUCUUUGAAUGGUGGUAUUUCAGGAAAUACGGGACAUCUUUCAUUGAGCAGGUGUCUGUGAGCCACCUGCGCCCCCUGCUGGGCGGAGUGGACAGCAGCUCUCCCAGCAACUCAAACACCAGUAAUGGGGAGGCCGACUCCAAUCGACAAAGUGUGUCUGAAUGUAAAGUAUGGAGAAAUCCGCUGAAUUUAUUUCGAGGAGCCGAAUAUAAUCGGUACACGUGGGUAACGGGUCGAGAGCCGCUGACAUACUACGAUAUGAACUUGUCAGCGCAGGACCACCAAACCUUCUUUACCUGCGACUCAGACCACCUCCGGCCGGCCGACGCCAUCAUGCAGAAGGCGUGGAGGGAAAGGAACCCGCAGGCUCGCAUCUCUGCAGCACAUGAAGCUCUGGAGCUUGAAGACUGUGCAACCGCAUACAUCCUGCUGGCAGAGGAGGAGGCCACCACCAUCAUGGAGGCCGAGAGGUUGUUUAAACAAGCGUUAAAAGCUGGUGAGGGCUGCUAUCGCCGCAGCCAACAGCUCCAACAUCAUGGUACACAGUAUGAAGCCCAGCACAGAAGAGACACUAAUGUGUUGGUGUAUAUAAAGAGGAGACUGGCCAUGUGCUCAAGAAAGCUUGGCCGAACACGAGAAGCAGUUAAAAUGAUGAGAGAUUUGUGUGUUUUCCAGUUAAUGAAGGAGUUCCCUCUCCUCAGUAUGUUCAACAUUCAUGAGAACCUGCUGGAGUCGCUACUAGAGCUCCAGAACUACGCUGACGUCCAGGCCGUUCUGGCCAAGUACGACGAUAUUAGCUUACCCAAAUCUGCAACAAUAUGCUACACAGCAGCCUUGCUCAAAGCCAGGGCGGUAUCAGACAAGUUCUCUCCAGAAGCAGCGUCCAGGCGAGGCCUGAGCACAGCAGAGAUGAACGCAGUAGAAGCCAUCCACAGAGCGGUGGAGUUCAACCCUCACGUUCCCAAAUAUCUGCUGGAGAUGAAGAGUCUUAUUCUUCCUCCAGAACACAUUUUGAAGAGAGGCGACAGUGAGGCUAUUGCCUACGCCUUCUUCCACCUGCAGCACUGGAAAAGGGUCGAGGGGGCACUCAACCUGCUGCACUGCACCUGGGAGGGCACAUUCAGAAUGAUCCCAUAUCCUCUGGAGAAGGGCCACCUGUUCUAUCCUUACCCCAUCUGCACAGAGACGGCAGACAGAGAGCUGCUACCCACAGUGUUUCAUGAAGUGUCAGUCUACCCCAAGAAGGAGCUGCCCUUCUUCAUCCUCUUCACAGCCGGUCUCUGCUCCUUCACCGCCAUGUUGGCUCUGCUCACACACCAGUUCCCUGAACUCAUGGGAGUGUUUGCUAAAGCUUUUCUUAGCACGCUGUUCGCUCCUCUGAACUUCAUCAUGGAGAAGGUGGAGAGCAUCCUGCCGUCCAGCCUCUGGCACCAACUCACCCGCAUCUGACCCUGACCCACUGGACCAGAACCGGAGUCAGAGUCAGACCCAGGACCAGCACCGACCGCAGACCUCCAUCCGGACAGAAACAGCUGAACUGAAACCCAGAAUGCUGCGUUGGCCUAGCCUGACACAACUUUGUGCCAAGAUCAGAGUUCAGACCAAACUGAGAACAGACGAGGCGCAAACCAGUGACAUCAACAGUUGAUUUUGACUUUAUUUGAUAAUGUUUGCAUUAUUUUGGGUUUUCAAUCAUUUAAAGCUGUUUUUUUUUGUUGUACAAAAUGAGGUUAUCAAUUGCCAUCAUUAAAAAAGUGAAAAGGAAAAAAAAAUCCAAUAAAGGACUUUUUGUGUAUUGCUGCAA